AUGCCGCUGGUCAGGUUCGAGGUGCGGAAUGAGGUGGGGCUGGGAGACCCCGGCCUCUACGGCGGCGGAGCCGCUGCUGCCGGGGCCGCCUCCGCCUCCUCCGCCGUCUCAGCCGCGGGGGAGGAGGAGCCCAAGGCGCUGCUCGAGGGCGUCGCCGUCGCGGGUCUCGUCGGGAUCCUGCGCCAGCUCGGAGAUCUCGCGGAAUUUGCGGCUGAUGUUUUCCAUGAUCUACACGAGCAAGUUAUAGCUACAUCUGCCAGGGGUCGUAAGGUGCUGACUCGAGUACAGAACAUUGAAGCAGCACUUCCAUCUCUUGAAAAAGCUGUGAAGAAUCAGAAGAGUCACAUACAUUUUGCCUAUGUUCCGCUUCAAAAUGAGCAAAAUCACCUGCUAGAGAGUGAUCUGCCUCGUUUUAUGAUGGAUUCCUAUGAAGAAUGCCGAGAUCCACCACGGCUUUACCUUCUUGAUAAAUUUGAUACUGCUGGCGCGGGGGCUUGUGUAAAGAGAUAUUCUGAUCCAUCCUAUUUCAAGAAAGCAUGGGAUAUGACGAGAGCAGACAAAACUGCUAAUCUACAAAGAGAAAAGAGAUCGCAGAAAAUUAAGUUCAUCUUCUAUGGCUAUUCCCUUCUUAUAUUUGAAUGGCGCAUCCAGAACAUCAUUGUUAAUAGUUUAUUUUCCAGCAGGCAGUUUGCAUCUCCCAGCAACGAUGGUCAGAACAUCUCAGAGCAUAGGUCUACACCCGACGCAAGAUCUAAUCCUGACAAUAUGAGCAGAUCUUCUUCUCUUAGUUCGAAGACACAACUGAGUUCAGUAGAACAAGCUUUCGAUGCAAAACCUUCUGCAGUUCCUCAUGAGAAUGGCCAUGGCAAGUCAUUGGAUACUAAAUUGCACAAACCUGGUGGUCUGCCUUCGCGCAUACUACUUAACGGCACCAGCGUGGAUGAUCAUAGUGACUAUUUGAAGCAAGGUUCCCCGCCAGGUGAUAUGGUUGCUAGAUCACCUUAUGUUAAAUGGGAUGAAAAGGCUGCAAUUAUCAUGUCUACAAGUUCUGUCUACUGUGACGAUGUUGUUGUGGAUAAGGCUGAAGAUGCAGAACCUACAUGUAUUAGCUCUGUGUUGAAAGAAACUGGCCACAAGACAAAAUCACUGUUAGUGCCAUCAGUCUUGAACCACCAUGGUGACAUUCCAGGAGAAGCCGACAACUACAUGGAUGCACUUAAUACACUUGAAUCUGAGACAGAAACUGAAUCUGAAUUUCAAACUAAGAAUCAAGGGGUGCCAGCACCUUCCUUCAACGCUGAAGCACCUCAAGUGGGGGCAAUUGAUAAUAUUGUUCCACAGUGUCCCGAUUCCUAUGUUGCUGAGUUUACUGACACAUGCCAAGAAUCUGAUAUUCUUUGUACUUCAGAAAGAGCAAUUGAUUUUCCCAGUUUGUCAAAUGCACAUUCUCUUGAGGUCUCACAACUAGAAGUUUCAGACUAUACAUCUAGGGUGCUCAUGGGAGAUCCUUGUGAGAUUAUAGAGCCUCUGCAGGUCCAUUCAGCCAUACUUCCCAAUGCUGGAUCCCCUGUUUGCAAUGAAAUACCCAAGAGUAAGCCAGACGAUGAUCUUGGGUACUUUCCCGAGAUUCCUCAACCAGGUUUCUCCACCUGUAUGGUUAUUCCGUCCAAUAAAGAGUCUGCUGUUGCCAACGAAAACCUUGAAAGUGAUGCAGAAAGUGUUGGUGAUCUUAUCGAUGGUACCACAGAUAAUUUUGUAUCCGGACCUAACAUUGCCAACAUGGUAGUUGAUGAGGUGGGUUUCAAGAUGGCACCUGGUGAUCACUCUGAUGACUCAUGUGUUAUUCCUGAAAGCAGGCCUCAGGAUUAUGCUGGAAAGAGCCAUGAGGGAGUUGGUGAUUGUGGUGUGAUUGGAGUGUCUGAAUUAUGUAGUGAGCCUCUUAACAAACCAUCAGAUAAUAUAUGUGCAACUCAAGAUGUUCCUACAAAUACCUCUACUAUGUCUGCUGGUGCCAGUGAAGUGUCUAGUUCAUGGAGUGAGCCUCUUAAUGAACUAAUGGAGAACAGAUGUGCAACUCAAGGUGUUCCUGCAAAUGCCUCUACCACGUCUACUGUUGUACCAUCUGUUAAACUCUGGACAAAUGCUGGGCUCUUUGGACUUGAACCAUCUAAACCUCCAGUAUUUGGUGCCCAAGAUGGUCCAAGGGAGGAUACUCCACCUGGUUUUAAAGAAGCUCAACCGGUCCAUUCCACUGAAUUCACAGAAUUGCACUGUUCAAAGCCAACUGAAUCAGCAGUUGUAGAUGUUCCAAAUGGAAACACGUCAAUUACCAGCAGCUUUGUGGAAAAUCUUGUUGGUAUCCGUCCUGGUUCUGCAAACCUCAAUAACUCAGGGGCCAAUCAAUCAGCAGCCAGAAUACCCGAUCCAAUUCAUAGUCAUACAGAUGGGCACUCAGAUUUUUCCUCAUCCUUUGAGCACAAUAACAUGACUGGCAAGCAUACUUCAAUAAGUGAGCUUCUAGAAUCUGAAGGAAGUGCUGAAACUGGCACCGGAAUAUACUCAACUGACAUGAGUAAUAACAUGCAUAUGGUGUCUGCAUCAAGCUUUUCAAGCAUUGCACAAAGAUUUCUUGCUAAUACACUUCAGAGAAGAACUUCUUCCAAAUAUACUGAUCUUCCUAUGUCAUCUGAGAGGGCGAAUGCUGAUACAAGUGCAAAAGAUGAAUCUACUCUAAAUCCUGUUGUAGAACCAAGUGAAACGAUAUUUGCAGAGGAAACUAAGUUUGAGAACAAAACAGAAAAUGGAAUGGAUGGAUUGACCAAAUCAUCAAUCUUUUCUAGCCGCCAUUACUCUGAGAAAUCGUCUCCACCACUUGAGUACAUGAAAAUAUCUUUUCACCCUAUGAGUGCACUUGAGACGUCAAAGCUGAACCUAGAUUUCUGUGAUGGCAAUCUUCAUGAAAUUUCUAAUGAUAUUAUGUUACCGACAUUUCAGUUACUUUCAGAGUCUUCCAUUCCACAGCCAGGCAGCGGUUCUGAGUCUGAAGAUGACACUUUUGGUAGGUCAUAUAGUUAUUCUUCAUAUGAUGAUCUGAGUCCACGACUAUAUUCAAACUCUGAGGCGUGGGAUCAAGAAGAUGGAGUUGGGCUGGAGGAACAUGAGUUGUAUGAUGAUUCAAAUCAGAUAGGAUCCUCAACAGCACCUUUAUCUAGCUACAUGGGAUUCGAGCAGAUGAACUUAUCUGGCAUGAAGUCAGAUAUUUCACUUGCAAAUGUUGGGGAUCAGAAUGUAAUAGGCACUUUAGAAUCCUGUACUGUUGAAGAACUUCCAAACUUUGACACAUUGAUGUCCAGAAGCGAUGAUCAAAAUGGUGAAACCUCCAUUCCACAUAAUCCGGUGAAUUUGCCACCAGAUGAAGAUCAGUUGCCACCACCACCUCCUCUCCCCCCAAUGCAGUGGAGGAUGACAAGACAAACAACUUCACUAGAAGAGGAAACAUGCAUUACAGCUAAAGAUAUGCUCAGGAAAACUUCAAGCCUACCACAUAUACACACCUCUGCCCAGGAAGAACACCUUCCUCCAACUGCACCACUGGAUCUACAAGGCAAUGCUAAGGAAGUGGAUGUCCAGAAAACUGGUGGAGUAAGAGAAAUUACUAAUCCUCCUAGUAUCAUUGAUAUAAAAUCAAGUUUGCUUCAGCAGAUCAGGGAUAAGUCAGAGCAGCUGAAGCUUAACAAUGGACAUGAAAGGUCAAAAAAAGCAGUAGGCGGUGACAUUAAAAGCUUGGAUGAAAGGGAGGACUUGCUUCAGCAAAUCAGGAGCAAGACCUUCAAUUUAAGACGAACAAAUGCAUCUAAGACAGAUGGCUCAUCACAAUCUACAGCCAAUUCCAACGUUGUAGCAAUUUUGGAGAAAGCAAAUGCUAUCCGGCAGAGGCUGUCCACGGCGGCAGCGACAAAGGCGGCGGGCGAGAUUACCGGGCCUGCAGCCACCGCCAGCGGCGUCGAGGAGCGCCGGCCCAUCGACGCCCAGCUCCGGCAGCUUGCGCCGGACCCGGAGACGAAGGUGUCCUCCGCGGACGACCGCCUGGCGGACUACGAGACGCUCCUCGUCGCGCGCCUCUUGGACAUCCUGCAGGGCCUGCACGGCAGCGACUUCAGACAAGUGGUUUACUGUCGUGGUGAAAUGGAUAAUCCAUGGUCUGAUGGUGGUUUUGCGUCCAGGUGCUGUGUUAGAUUAAUGCAUGAAGUAGUUUCAAAGUUUGAUCCUAAGAAAAGAGAGCUUGUGAAGUCCACAGGGUUUGGGGGCAUGUUACAUUUCCCGCCUAUGAGGCAGAUUGAUAGGAAGUUUGCUCUGCGGAUUAUGGGCUGUGUUGAUGAGUCAUCAGAAACAAUAGUUGUUGGUGAUCACAUCAGAAUCAAGUUCACUAAAGAUGAUAUUCGGACUGUCUUUGGUAUACCGAGUUGCGGGAAGAGAGUGUUAGAUAAUCGGAUAUCUAGUCGUGAUGCAAAAAAACAAGCAAAACAUGAUUAUGCAUCUGUAGACUAUUGGAACGCGCUGGAAGAUCCCAGUUCAAUAAGCAAAUAUGACUGGUCCGAAUAUGUAAUGACCAGGUUGUUGGAUGCAGUGACUAAGCUGAAGCAAGAUGUUUCAAGUAGUAUAAAAUUCCCAAUCAUCACUGGUUGCUCAUUGUUCUUACAGAUCAGGGAUGCAGUGUACUGUUGCUAUCAAUGGGCUGCAUUGCCACAGCCAGAAAGCGAUGGGUCCCGGAGCGGAUGUUUGCUAGUUAUUUGGGAGAGUUCAGUCGCCAUGGCUCAUCUGUUAAAGAUCCCCAUGGAGGCUGCCGGCCCUUUGUUCUUUGCUGCAGCAGACUUCCAGGAUCAGAUAAAUUCUGGUCUGCGUGUAUAUAGCAUCGAAGCUUUCAAGUUCAUGACUGUUCUUGUGUCUAUCAUGCUGCCGUACACUAAUGGAUUUAGCUACCAAUUCAGUAUGGACGAUGAUGACAACAAGGCAGCUGAAGCAGGUCUCGCAAAAUUUCCAUUUACACUUUCAAAUGGUCUUAGACAUUUAUCGGUUCCCAUUCGAAAUAGGACCAGACACUGUGGCAGGGGGAAGAGAUCUCAUUACUAUAAGGGUUGUGGUCAUGACUCCAAUGUUUCACCGAUUAUGCGCAACAAUUCGUUUGAGGCAUCUACUUGUGAACAAGGCAGCCAAAUGUUCCAACACACCAGUAUUGGGGAUUCCGAGCAAAGGCCCUUUAAUUCUAUUUCGUCUUCCCUUGAUGGCAUGUCACACAACCUUAAUGUUGAUCUACGCGUAGCAACCGAGAUGAAGCAGUUCUAUGCUUGGGUCAGAAGCGUUAAGUUGCCUUCAGGGAUUGACCUUAAUGCCUUUGACUGGGAGAAUAGGCAUGCAUCUAAUGCUUGUGUAGUAUCACUUCCAAGCACAUGUACCGAACCCCAAACCCCAUGGGAACUUGGAUAUUCAUGGGCUAUUAACGAGGGUAAUAUCUCUACGACUCUGGAGAACCUAUAUCGUGUUAGAGAUGAUGACGAAGGGCCAUUCAUUAGACACAUGACCCCCAAGUACAUAAGUGUGUCUGCUAGGGCUGUUCGUUCGCAGUUACUAGGGAAAUAUGAAAUCGGAAUGGAUCUUUUUGAUGUAAUUAUUCGGCGGAUCAAACAGGAUGAUGAUGUAUUGUACUCAUCCGUCACUAAUCUGAGAGGGAGACAUUUCUUUGAGUCUGAUUUCAUGGCGUCGAUCACAGCUGGCGUGUUUGAUCUGACUAAGAGCAAGCUGUGUGAUCAGCUCGUGGCUAGUUACACCCCAUAUGACCUAACCAAGUGCAAGCUUUUGUUUUUCCCCACGCUGCUCCAACAUCGAUGGGUCUGCUAUGCCUGGUGUUUGCAUGACAAUGUCAUAUCCGUAUUUGAUCCGAGCUAUGGUGUCCCAGUACCCGACAGCAGGGUUGACACACUUGAACAGGUCGACUUCGAUGCGAUCGCUUCUAAGCUGACCAUUGAUAUCGUACAGCUUAAGGGCAAUUCAGGCAAAGUCCCGCGAUCACUGCUCCAAUCUUGUCGCAUGGUGUCUCCAACAUUCCGGACGCUGCAGCGGUUCACGGCGGCAACGCUGGAGCAUAGCAUGAACCCGCCGGUGUCGCCGAAGCCCGAGUGGCGGUGCCUGCUCGACGACAUGGCGGCGGUGUCCACCGAGGAGUACCGAUCCAUCGUUUUCCAGGAGCCGAGAUUCGUGGAGUACUUCCGGUCCGCGGACGCCGGAGACGGAGGGCGGAUGAACAUCGGCAGCCGGCCGUCGAAGCGCAAGCCCGGCGGCGGCGGCGGCGGAAUCGAGUCGCUGCGCGCCAUCCCGUGGAUCGUCGCGUGGACGCAGACUAGUACGAGUUCCGGAGUACGACCCUGGGCUGCUCAUCCCACCAUGAAGUGCAUCGCUGCGGCAUGCAGAACCCCGGCUCACUGCGCGCAGCGGCGUCGCCGGUUUCCGAUCUUGUAG